AUGUGCGCCAAAUCGACUGCGAGGAAUGCAUUGGAGGAACUUCGUGCGAUAAAAGAGGAGGGCGAGCCACCACGUCAACAACUGGAAGAUGAUGAACAAGAUGUUGGUAAAGAUCUUCAUUUUAACCAGCAGGAAUCAGAGCCACCUCACGUUGAAGAACAGCCCCCUUACAUUAAAGAGGAAGAGCAGGAAGCUGACAUCACCGACUUUCCAUUAACUGUCAUUGUGAAGAGUGAAGACGAAAAAAGUGACGAAGAUCACCGCGGAGGGUCCCGGUCUGAGAUUUUUUCAGCACCGCUCUCCAAUAGCGGUAUCGUCACAUCGCACACUCCUGUAGCCGACGAUGACGACAAAGACAACGAUGAUGAACACUCAAAGUGUGACACAGAACGUGUGAAAUGUUGUCAGUGUGACAAAACCUUUUACAAUAAGUCAACGUUGACAAGGCACGCGAGAACGCACACCGGAGAAAAACCUUUUGCCUGCUCACUUUGCGGCAAAGGGUUUUCCAUCAAGACCAAUUUAACAAGACACGCGAGAAGACACGACGGGGAGAAACCUUUUGUCUGCUCCGUUUGCGGUAAGAGAUUCUCGAUCAAGGAAGAUUUAAAAAUCCACACGAGAACACACACUGGGGUGAAACCGUUUGCCUGCUCCAUUUGUGGCCAGAGAUUCUCGAGAAAUACGAUACUGACCACGCACAAAAGAACGCACACUGGGGAGAAACCUUUUGCCUGCACGACGUGCGGCCUGCGCUUCACUCAAAAGACAAAUUUGACGCGACACAUGACGACGCACACCGGGGAGAAGCCCUUCGGUUGCUCGGUUUGCGGCAAACGCUUCAACAGGAAGACGAAUUUGGCGACGCACGUGGAAACGCACGCUGGAGAGAAACCGUUCAGUUGCAGCGUGUGCGAGAAAAGAUUCCACGUUAAGCGCGGCGUCAAGAGGCACAAGUGUGUUGGUGUCAAGAAAGAUCGACUACGCAAUAUUGCAAAGUACUGGAAAAAUAACGGAAUGCCAAUGCCAGAACGACGUGGAGGAGUACAAAGCAAAGAGGAGGCCACGACGCAAGGCAUCAGUGAAAAUCUCGAUUCUGAGCGGCAAGAGUGUCCUGGCGUCAAAAUAGAAGUGGCGCUCCUCCGAAUCAAAGAGGAGGAGCCAGAACCCCCUGAGCAACAAACGACAGAGGAGCAACUUUACAUAAAAAAGGAGGAGGAGCCGCUGGAUAUUAAAGAGGAGGAAGAGGAGAAGCACAUUACCAAGUUGAGUUCUGACCCAUUGAAGAGUGAAGAUGAAAGUCCGAGUGAGGUGAGCGGAGGGGCGGCGCCUCUGAGCACUAGCAGCAGCUCAACAGAAGGAUCACAAGCAUACGGCCUGAUAGCGCCGCUAUCAGAGAGCGACGACGCCACGUCACACUCAUCUGACACUGAUGAAGAUGAUAAUGAAAGGACUGGAGGUCAUCAGGCCGUUUACAACAAACGUUGGAAAUGCUCUCACUGUGGGAAAAACUAUCGUAACAAGUCUAAUUUGAAGAGGCAUUUGAUGAACCACACCGGCGAGAAACCUUUCACGUGCUCAUUUUGCGGUCAAGGAUUUUUUCAGAACAGAAACUUGGUCAUCCACACCCGAAAACACACUGGAGAGAAACCGUUCUCCUGCUCCGUUUGCGGUCAACAAUUCUCAACAAAUACGUACUUAAAAAUACACUCGCGAACCCACACCGGCGAGAGACCUUACGGCUGCUCAGUUUGCGGGCAAAGAUUCGCGCGGAAGGGAACUUUGAGUAGCCACGUCAGAACGCACACUGGAGAGAAACCUUUCUCCUGCUCAGUUUGUAGGCAGCGCUUCUCUGAGAAGGGAACCUUAAGGAGUCACGCGAGAACCCACACCGGGGAGAAACCUUUCUAUUGUGCACGUUGCGGCAAAAGCUUUUCGUGGAGGAACCAGGUUAAGAGACACCGGUGUGUUGCUCCCAAAAGCAGCAACCGGUGA